UGCAUAUGCAAAAUAUUGAUGAAAUUCUUGACAUAUAAGUACUAAGUUGGAGCUUAAAAACAAUAUUUUAAGAGCUUGUUGUAUAUUUGUGCAGGAAGUGUAUUCGAUAUAUCAUUUGCAGUUAAAUAUGUGAAAAAUUCGACAUGUGAUGUAGCUUCAGUUUGACCUUUCCUGGCAUGCUUUCAUCAUCAUGAGAGAGUAAAUUUAUAGACGUUGAAGACGCUCUCUUGGAGUAACCAAGACUUGGGCCUUCUGCAAUAUGAGCAGCAAGAGAGACGUCAGGAUUCUCCUUGUUGGAGAUCCUGGUGUUGGGAAGACAUCUUUGAUAUUGUCCCUGGUCAGUGAAGAAUUUCCUGAAGAAGUACCAUCAAAAGCAGAGGAGAUAACAAUACCUGCUGAUGUUACUCCAGAGAAAGUACCAACUCAUAUUGUCGACUACAGUUCACAAGAACAAGAUGAAGAUAGACUUCAGGAGGAGCUUGAUAAGGCCAAUGUUGUGUGUAUUGUAUACUCGGUUGAUGAUGAAGAUUCCAUUGAACGGAUCACCACAUUUUGGUUGCCAUACUUACGUGGAUGUUUGGGGGAGGAGCAUCGGACUCCGGUCAUUUUGGUGGGAAACAAGACAGAUUUGUUAGACUUCAGCACUAUGGAGACGAUGAUGCCUAUCAUGAAUGACUUCGCAGAAGUGGAGACUUGUGUAGAGUGUUCAGCAAGGACAUUAAAGAAUAUAAGUGAGAUGUUUUACUAUGCACAAAAGGCUGUGCUUCAUCCUACUGCGGCCGUUUAUAACCCAGAGGAAAAAGAGUUGACGCCACAAUGCAAAAAGGCUCUUACAAGAAUUUUUAAGAUAUGUGAUCUUGACAACGACUCCAUACUCAAAGAUGAUGAAGUACAUUUAUUCCAAAGAAAAUGUUUUAAUGCUCCUCUGCAACCUCAAGCGUUAGAGGAUGUGAAGUCUAUAGUGAGAAGAAACAUUACUGAUGGUAUUAUAGACAAUGGCAUCACACUCAAAGGGUUCCUCUUCCUCCACACACUUUUUAUACAGCGAGGUCGUCAUGAGACAACAUGGACUGUUCUCAGGUCCUUUGGGUAUGAUGAUGGUGUCCAGCUCUCCAAAGAGUUCCUCUCACCAAGGGUACAGGCAUCAUUGGGCUCAACAACAGAACUGUCCACACAAGGAAUACAGUUCCUCAAAAUGAUAUUUGAUAAGUAUGAUGAUGAUCGAGAUGGCUGCCUGUCUCCCACAGAGCUCCAGAAUCUCUUUAGUACAUGUCCAGUGAUGCCAUGGGGAUCAGAUGUCAACAACACUGUUUGUACCAACCACAAUAACUGGAUCACCCUGCAGGGCUACCUUGCUCAAUGGGCAUUAACUACCCUACUAGAUGUACCUAGGACGGUGGAAUACUUAGCAUAUUUAGGUUACCAUUAUCACCAUGAGAGUCAGAUCUCUGCAAUAACAGUAACCAGAGACAAAAAAAUAGACUUAGACAAAAAGCAAACCAGCAGAAAUGUGUUCAGAUGUUAUGUACUAGGAUCAAAGGGUGUGGGCAAGAGUACAUUCUUACAAGGACAUUUAGGCAGAAAUCUUAGAUAUAUAGCAACUCUAAAUAAGGAGCACUUGUCCAGUUUCACUAUUAAUACAGUUCAAGUUUACGGACAAGAAAAAUAUUUAUUGCUACACGAAGUUGACGUAUCUGUAUGUGACAUGUUGAACCCUACAGAGAUGAAUUGUGAUGUGGCGUGUUUAGUGUAUGAUUCUACCAAUCCUCGUAGCUUUGAAUUCUGUGCUAGAAUGUACCUGAAACACUUCCUAGAGAGCCGAAUUCCCACCCUGGUAGUGGCUGCCAAGACGGAAUACCAAGCAGUGCGUCAAGACUAUGAGCUCACACCUGCCCAAUUCUGUAGCAAGUUUAAGAUUCCACCACCCCAGAGCUUUUCUGCCAUUGACAAAGUGAAUCGUGAAGUGUACAUCAAGCUUGCAACCAUGGCUGCCUACCCCAAUUUGAAGCGCCUGGUGCACAUGUUGUUGGUGCGGCAGAAUCCACUGUGGCUGGAGGAGAAAUUCAGUCAUGUGAAGGAUGUUGUGAUGAAAGAAGAGAACGUGUAUCUACGUGUUGGGAUCGGUAUGGCUGUACUGGCAGGCAUGAGCUUUGUGAUCUACAGGAUUUUACGAAGGAGCACCUAGUCAUCAUCUUACACUUUAAUAUUUAUAGUCUAUGGACAUGUGCAGGUGCUUGUUGUAGCACUCUUUAAUGGACAAGAGGAAGUUUAUAAGGGUAUUUCAAACAGCAAAUUAUGGAGUUCACAGAAAAAUUAGACAGAACAGAAAAUUGGCAUGGAUAUUUCAAGUAUCUUGAUGUACAAAAAUGUAUUUGAUAUUUAGGUAUACACAUCUUAUAUCUAAAUACAGACAUUGAUUUUACACUGAAUGAGAAAAUCUAAAUGUUUUCAGACUUUGAUAUGGUAUUGAAUGAUAAUAUCUGAACGUCAUCAUUUCGCUGAAUGUGGUUUUGAUAUUCAGGUAUGAAAUGAGAAUGUCUGACUACUGGAGUGAUCAACUGUGUUGUUAGAACGUACUGCUGAAAGCUACUCAGCUGAUUUAAACCGUGAUUAAGCUUAGCAGCAGCUCAACCUGUCAACAUGGAAGAUAUGUCCCUAGAAAGUUACCGUUAUAUCUUAAUUAUGGUGUACAUGAGGGAAUAUAAAGGGAUAACCAGCCCUGUAUAUGCAAUAAGGAUUGAACUCCCAUAAGUUGAUAGGAGUUUGCACAAUUUCCAAAUGUAUUUAUUUUCAUAGGGAACAAGUUGGAAACUUAUGUGAUACAGAUCAUAAAUAGUCAUAUAGUGGAUAAGGCAAUCAAGUUAGAUUGCAUUUGUUCUGUAAUUGAUACAGUCAGAUUGCAUUUGUUCUGUAAUUGAUACAGUCAGCUGGAAAGUGAACAUAAGAGAAAUUUUAAAUUUCAACCAUUGUGUAAACAAAUAUUUUUCUCUUCAUAACACAAUAACACAGUUUUGUAGAACUCAAAAUUGUUAAUUUAUAUAUACAUGUCCACUGCACACAACAGGAGAAAUGCAUUCCCAGAGCAUCUAUUGCAUUCAUAGUACUAUGAGCACAAUCGAAUCUGUGUUAUUUCAACUCUUCUUCUCCAAUUUUGUGUGAUGUGGGACUUUUCACAGAAGUAAACAUAUCCAUGUGUAAGUUAGGCAAUCUUGGAAAAGAUAAUUCAUCAUUUGUUUACCAUCAGUAGCUAUUUAUAUCACGAUGAAUUAUUUUUUUUGUUGAGUCAUUAGCAAUAUCAAAACCUCUAUGGAGAUGUUUUCAUUACAUUUAUCAGAGUAUGAAACACAAUCGCAUUUGUAUGAAUAUCUCAUUGAAACAAUUAGCGUGAUAUGUUAAAUAGUUUGAUAAGAUAUCUAAAUCAACCAGUGGUUUCAAUCUACCAGAUCAGCAUUUUUUUUUGUUUAUACUUGUUUAUAAACAUGCUCCCUUGGUAGGAUUCAGACUUUAAAUAUAGUAAGACCUUGUUGAUUUUAAAAGUGUGAAAUGAGCUGUGGGGAAGGACAUUGGCUCAUGUACAUAUUGGUCAUGUAAGUGAGUGCAUAUUAUGAUUUGUGAGAUAACAUUAACCAAGAUCUAAGUCACCAAUUCACAGAUAUGUGUAAUACUCCUUGUUUGUUUUGUCAGCUGGAUAUGUUUGACAUGCAUGUGUGUGUGACUUGUUAGUAUAAAAUACAUAUUCUUGUGUUAUAGGUAACUUAAAGACUAUUUAGAUUACAUAUUGUUUAAGACUUAUUUGUAUCAGUAUUUAGAUAUUUUUGUUGUCAUCAUGUUUGAUUAUCUCCCCAUCGCUAAUGAAAACACUUGAAUUCAGUAUCAGUGUAAUGAUUCUGAUCAUGCUGCUGAUAAAACUCUUAUUUUGAAACAGAACAUCCACAUAUUGAGCUGCUUUUUGCAAUACAGAUACAAAUUUUGCCAGUAUAUGUGAUAAUAGAUUCCCAUGAAGAUAUUCUUAUACAUCAAACUAACAUGUUUUUUGUAACAAAAAAGAUAGGAAAGGGGAAAAAAGUCUUGUUUUUAGGUAAAAAUGGUUAAGACAGAUGUGGCAAUGUGUAAAUCUUGACGGGUCACUUGUGAUUAUGCUGUGUGCAAUCUAGUCCUCAAUACCUAAAAAUCAUUUCUUUGUCAUGUCCUUGGAAUUUGACUGAAUGAUGGUAUGGUUUACAUGGCAGUGUUGAUGAAUACUUCAUGGAAAAUAAUUGUUUUGGUAUAAGUUGAUAUUGAGGGCAACGAGACUUGCAUCUACUAAAACAAAGAAGUAAUAUCCUGCACCCAAACUGAUAGUAACACAUACACACUUCUGGGAUAACAGUUCCAGGUGACCAUAGUAACAAAUCCAUGCUACCAUAACAACAGAUCCAGAAGACCAGAGUAACAAAUCCAUACUACGAUUGUAUACAGAUUUAGACUACCACUGCAACAGAAACAGAAAAAAGAAAAGAAAAUACCUUGAUGAAAUGCCAAGCACUUUUUGAUACUUGAAUAUUUUAAAGUAGAAAUGAUGUCUGUUAAUUUUCAAUUUCUAAAUUAUCUUUACUUUUCAUCUUGUGUUAUGUAAGAAUGACAUUUUGAUAUUUGAAUUAUCAUGAUUAACCUUGCUCAGGCAUUAAUGAAUCCCAAAUUUGCUUGAUGGAUUUGAUGUUAAUUAAAAUUUUUUUAAAUGCUCAGCCACUGUAUAAAAGACUGUAUAUUAACAUAAUAGCUAUACAUGUGAAUGUUUUAAGGUGUUAGUGACAAAUUUUAUUUUGCCCAGUAGGAAUUUACUAGAAAAUUCAUUCAUCAUAGUAAGCCUGAUAACAUUGAAUCAAUAUUUGAUUCACUAGUCUAUUGAUAGACAGAAAGAAAAGAAGUGUUGACAAGGUUUUUUUAAAUCUUUUUCUGAUUACAUGUGAAAGUAUGGCCUUUGUACUACCUAAAACAUUUUUUAUUAACUGCUGAUCCAUUUAAAUGGGUUUUUUUCAAAGGUGAUAUUGUCAAGUGAUAAAAGAACAGGGCAUGAACUUCAACAUCAGUAUGCAUGUUCAGAAUAUGCAGUAUCAUUGAAUCAAAUGUAGCUAUCACAGUACAUGCUGCAUCCAUUCAAACAAUAUUACCUCUUACUAAUAUUGUCUGAACGAUUUUCAGAUAUACAAUGUCCAUGUAUAUCAUAAUACAUUUCACCAUAUACACUGUCCACGUAUAUCGUAAUACAUUUCACCACAUACACUGUCCAUGUAUAUCAUAAUACAUUAUACCACAUACAAUGUCCAUGUUUACCAUAAUAACACUUAUACUGUCCAUGUAAACAAUUAGUACUGCAUACAUGGUUCAUUUCUUUAGUUAGACUCCAUACAGAGACGGUGUUUAAUGUAACAGAGUUAAUACAUGCAAUAUAGCUUGAUGUUUUAUACAAUGUCACCUGUAUCACUUAUCCAUAAAGCAGUUCCUAUAUAAAUAUAAGGUAACUUGAUAGGUGUUGAUAUUUAAAUACUCAUCCAGUACAUGUUUUACAGGCCAGCCUAUUGACAUACUCAACAAUCAACAUACCACAACACAUCAGCAGCCAGUCGAAGGCAAUAGCUUAUAUACUGCUCCAGAAUAGCUACUCUUCUUUUUCAUUUAAUACUCUGUUAAAUGGUAUUCGCGUAAGGUUUGCAACACAAACUAUAUGUUUGUGGUAUAUGUUUACACUUUUUUAUGUCGCUGGUUAUGGUAAAGAAUUUCAUUUCAAUUUAAUUGGGUAAGCACUUUUUCUGAUGGAAGCCUACAUUUUUGCUUAUUGAUAUACAGUGUGUGAAUGUGUAAUGCUUUAUCAGUUUACUCACAUGGACUAGAUAAAUUGAAAAUACUGGUAGUUAUACAUUUCGGGUAAAAGACUCAAAUCAAAAUGUGCUAAUUACAAAUGUAUAUGGUUGUUUAACAUGCACAAUGUACUUUAGGUGUAUAAAUGUACUGCAACCACAGGAAUUUCUUUUUUACUCAAGUUGAAAAGAUUACUUGUAAAACACAAAAUUGAUAAUUAUCUCAGAUGUUGAAAUGUAAUCAAAUCUUUUCCAUUUGAUUGAUGUUUUUCAGGCUACAUCUUAUUCUCAUAACAAUUACAGAAGUUAACCUAUUAUUGGUAUAGUAUUAUCAGUUUCAGACAUUUAUGUUUAGCCCCUGUGAAUAUAUUAAGAACUACAGUUCAUUAUUUUGGCAUCUGGUUGCCUCUCCGUAUAUUUGUGGAUGUCACCUGACUUUAUCAGACACUAUUGGGAUGAUGGAUGACCUGUACACAGAGCGUGGGAGUGUGUUGAGAUGCAAGAAUUGUAAAUGAACAAGUGUGUCAUGGAAGUGUGAGAGAUGUGUGUAGGUAAUGUGAAUAGCUUUGGGAGUAAACUGUGAUUGUACAGAUUAUGAAAUACAACAGUAUUCCUCUUUUAAAUACAGUACAUGUCUGAAAUUUA